UGACAGGGGAGAAGGGAAGUUUUACUCACAACAACUCUCACAGUUUUAACUUCAUACGCAGACCACAGCUCAAUCAUCUCAGUGUUACUUCCGCGGCUGUUGAUAUUCCGAACAACUUUGACAGAUAGACAUGGCGUCAAUGGUUCUUAAUGACCAGAAUGUGGUGUCUAGGGUGGCAAGUCUUCCCCUGGUUAGCUCUGCUUAUGACAUCAUGUCAAAAGUAUACCUGCAAACCAAGGACCAGCACCCGUACAUCAAGAGCGUGUGUGAAGUCGCGGAGCUGGGCGUGAAAACCGUGUCAUCCGUGGCUAUCAUUAGCGCUCUGCCAAUCAUCGACAAAUUGGAACCACAGCUUACUAUUGCAAAUGUCCUUGCCUGCAAAGGACUGGACAAGAUUGAGAAGAGUCUGCCAAUCCUGCAUCAGCCAUCUGAACAGGUUGUGGCCUCCGCAAAAGACACUGUCAACGGGGCGAAGGAUGUGGUUUCUGAGAGGGUCAAUGGUGCCAAGGAGACUGUGACCAGCGCAGUGACCGGGAUGGUGGGCCGCACACGCGGGGCUGUCCAGGGCGGCGUAUCCAUGGUGAAGGAGAGCCGCGUAGUGCAGCUGGUGAGCUGCGGCGUGGACUCUGCCCUGAGCACCUCAGAGAGCCUGGUGGAACAGUACCUGCCCCACACCAACCAGGAGAUGAAAAAAUCUAUCAAAGCCGUGGAGAGUUUUGAGAAUGGCCUGGAGCCCAGGAGUUACUACACGCGCCUGGGCAGUCUGUCCACCAAGGUGGGCCAGCGCACCUACCAGAGGACCAUGGCCAAGGUGCGUGAGGCUCGGCAGCACAGCCAAGAAUCCAUUGCCCAGCUUCACCUCACCAUGGAUGUGAUUGAAUAUGCCAGAAAGAACCUUGACAAUGCCAACCAGAAGAUGCAUGUGAGACUGACGGCCAUAAUGGAUUGGCGGGUGAGCGGCCAGACGUCUGAAGAGUGUGAUGCCGUGAGUAUCGAGUCCCGCACUCUGGCGUUGGCCCGCGGCCUCUCCCAGCAGCUGCAGACCACCUGCCAGGGCCUGGUGUCCAGCGUUCAGGGUCUCCCCCAGAACAUCCAGGACCAGGCCCUCAUCCUGUCGCACCUCGCCUCUGAGCUUUAUGGCAGCUUCAGCAAGGCGGCGGCCAUCGGGGACCUGUCGGACAGCGUGCUGUCCUCCAGCCGGACGCAGCUGCACCGCGUCCGUGUGAUUCUGGACGACACCAUGGACUACCUGGUGAACAACACGCCCCUCAACUGGCUGGUAGGUCCCUUUUACUCGCACAUGGAGCCCCCUGCUGGUGGCAGAGGAGGUUGCAGUGGUGCUGCUGCUCACUCGCACGAUGCCUCCGCCAACAACACUCACAAACAGCCCGAGCUGAACCAUGCAGCCGUCCCCUCCCAGACUUCCACGGAGGAAAGAGUCUGCGACACGAAGGCGAAGAAACAUAUGGACUCUACGCACUAACUGUUGUUAAUCUCAGUGUUGAUUAACCCUGUUAACAACUCAUGUGGUUGAAAAGAGAAGCCUGUUUUGUGUGUGUGGAGAUGAACUACAGUAUGUUAUAUUUACUACGGCAACAUUAACUUACCCGUUUUCACAUCGUGCAUGUGACGUGUUCGGUUCAUACUGAAAAUGCUUCCUAUAAUGAAGCCUGCAGAAAUUCCACCUAACCUGACAAGUUCACCUACAACAUGUAACUUUCCAUGUAAAGCCUUAUUAUCCAGACUGUACUGAUGCCCAGCUGUUGUCCUUGUGCCAAGUUAAUAAUAAACCUAUUAAUAUUA